AUGUUAAUGACAAUUGCUCAUCAGUGCAUGGAGGUUCAAAUACUUAACGAGAUCAAAUGCCACCAUAAUACGAAUUACAUUGAAGACUUUAACAUAUCGUGCGUUGAGAACCGCAUUUCCUGUGAGAUGCAAACGAAAGAGAAGAUCCCAGCUGGUGUAAAGUUUCACAUAGAUCUUGAAAGGGGUCUGAGCAGCAGUGGAGCUUUCAAUACGUUCUUUAAGUACGACAUCGACUUCUGCAGGGUUAUAGGUUCCAAUCGAAACAACCUGUUUAAGCGAUGGAUUCUUAGUCUGGAUAAGUAUGGACAGAUGCCGAGUCGCUGUCCAUGGCCGGUUGGUCGGUACUAUCUCAAGGAUUGGCAGUUGAAUGGUGACCUGAUACCGCCGUUCGUUGUCCCUGGUUAUUACAAAAGCAAAGUUAUGAGUUACCUAGGGAGCAUUGGUACCAAAUCGUUUGACUUGCUGCUCGAUUGUGAGGUUAUUUCGAAACUGAUUUGA